AUGCUUUCUGCUCCUCCUGUCGCCCUUGCCUUUGACGAUGACGACUGGAUCACCCCGCCACAUGUUCCCCGCCUCUACAGGACCGCGAGCGUCGGCAGUUGGGGCGUAACUUCGAUUGGGCGUGGAUUCGACUGGGACCAGGAGCCAGAUCUAGCAAAGGUGCAGGAAUCACCAACCCCGCCGGCGCAGGAAGAGAGGGAGGAGGAGAAAAGGCCAGAGACAGCCGACCCACCUGCCACACAUGGACGCAAACACCCGCACUCAUUCCUAGACAAAUCCCCCGUUAUCUCACCGAAGCUUUACAUGCCUUCUCCACCACCCCAUGAUCCACCCCAACUCGCAUGUCGCCCCACUACGCCCUUAAUCCAACCUCUUGCCCGGUCACCAUCAUCGCCGCGGCCUCGCAGGAGGUCGUCCCAACAACGGGUCUCUCUAGUUGCCGGCCGUGUCUUGAUCACACCCAUCGAUCCCCCGUCCCCGCCCCCUAUGCUCUCGGAUAGCCUCAAACGCACUCCGAGUUCCGUCAGCAUCCUCAGUUCCGCUGAAAGCACCAGGGCACCCACGCCAUCGACAGACCCACAGUCCUUCCUCGGAGGUCGGAACAUAUCAGAAUUCGUGAUCGAAGGCGAAAUCGGGCGAGGAGCCUAUGGCCUCGUCAAACGAGCGCGCGAGAAACUUCCAGGCGGUGGACUAGGCCCUCCUUUGGUGAUCAAGCAGGUUAUAAAGUCCCGCAUUCUCGCGGAUUGCUGGAAAAAGCACCCCAAGCAUGGCACUAUCCCCAUCGAAAUCUACGUCAUGUCUGCCAUUUCUAAUACCUCUUAUGUGCUUCCCCCUCGCCGGCCUUGGGACCCCUCUCGUUUCUCUAGAUCGUCCGCCAAUCAAGACGGCGCCUCGCCCUUAGACUCGACAGGAGACGACUGGAUAGAGGGCAAGGUCGUUAAAGGACACCCCAACAUUUGCCCCCUUCUCGACUUUUUUGAAGACAACCAUUAUUAUUAUCUGGUGCUUCCCUCGACGACACCAGAACAGCUACCUAAUGAACCUGCACCGCCUUCAGACUUGUUCGACUUGGUCGAGACGUAUCCACAAGGGUUACCUCCAUCCAUGAUUCGCACAUACUUGGGACAGAUCGCAGAUGCAUCCUGUUUCUUGCAUUCACAUGGAAUCGUCCACCGAGACAUCAAGGAUGAGAAUGUUGUACUUGGACGGGGCGGCCGGUGUAUAUUGAUAGAUUUUGGAAGCUCUGGCCUCGUGAAGAAGAGCGGAUGGGAUACAUUUAGUGGAACACUCGACUAUGCCGGGCCUGAAAUUCUUCGCGGGGAACGAUACUGGGAAGGAGCAAGAUGUGUGGGCGUUCGGGGUGGUUGCCUACGUGCUCCUUGUCGGAGAAUGCCCGUUCAUGACCGCGGCGGAGGCACAGGAAGGAUUCGAGUCGCCGUUUGCAAAUGCAUCGAUAUCAUUGGAUGA